AUGGCCGACAUGUCUCUGGAGGAUCUGCAGGCGCAGCUGCAGGCCGUGCAGCAGAAGAAAUCCACGGUUCGGCUGUCCGAGAGGAACGUGGUGGAGCUGGUGAACAAGUUGAAGGAGCUCGGGUUCCUGGGCAGCGAGCUGCUGUACACCAUGAACGGUCAGGAAUACAUCACGAGAGAUCAAUUGAAGAAGGAAAUACAAGAUGCCCUGCAAGUGGCGGGAGGCAGAUUGGCGCUGUCUGAUCUACCAACCUUGCUAAAUGUGGACCUUGCACACUGUGAGCACGUGGCCAAAUCGAUCAUAUCUGAAUCCGAUGGGACCACAACAUUGCUUCAAGGAGACCUGGUCACCAGCCAGUACUUUGAUGGUGUAGGCAUCGAAAUAAAUGACAUGUUGCAGGAAACAGGGAUGGUUAGAGUAGGCGAUUUCGCAAUUCAUUUUGCCUUGUCCUCUGAGAUGAUCCUAUCGCUUGUGACGCCGCGGAUUGGGACUGUGAUCGACGGGAGGCUUGCUGGAGGGAUGCUGUACACCCCCAUGUACGUCGCACGUCUGAAGGCACAGCUGAGGGGGGCCCUCCGUGGUGUCACAUCACCAACUGCACUAUCGAAGGUCUUGAAGCUCCUGAGACUGGAUGGUAGUGAUAGUGGUGUGGGGGCCAUCGUCAGCACCCUGGUAGAGGAGCUCAUCAGGGAGCGCGCUGUCAAGGGAUCCUUGAAGGUUGGAGGAAGCUGGGUGCCUGACAUUCACCAAAGGGCACAGCGAGGCGCCCUCAAAUCCUUCUACAAUCACAAUGGCUGGGUGGCUCUGGAUUCGAUGCAGCGAGCUGGCAUUGCCACCGAUGCAUCAUCUGUGGAGGACGCUUUCCCUGGGAGUAUCACUCUAGACAGCACUGUGGUGGCUCCUGGGGUCCUUGCACAGGUGGACAUGGCCAUCCAGGAAGUGGCAAGCACUGGAACUUGGUGUGACGUUGCAUCUCUGACCCCCACAUCCCUCACACACACAGACAUCGCGAUGCUGAUGCUGAAUUUCCCAGCAGUGAAAGUCUCAAACAGUGCGGCUGAUGUUUCAGGCUGCACAGUUGUGAUGCUUGCUGGGACAUGCGCAGUGAGUGCCAGCCUUGUUGAGGAUGCUCAAAAACGAGCUGUGGAGGAUGCGAAGUCCCUUGCUGUUGAGGCGUUCAAAAAGCGUCAGCAAGAGUCAGCAGGUGCAUCUGCCUCUGGGGUUCAGCAGCGCAGUAGAGCUGGACAGCCAGAAAACCAGAAGGAGGAAGCAGACGACAGCGAUGAGGAGUGGGACACAGGGAAAAGCAAGGGCAAAAAGAAGGGAAAGGCGAAGGCCAAGGCAAAAGCGAAAGGGAAAUCACAGACUGGAGGACAAUCAAAGGGUGCUGGGGGGGACAAAGGGCCACCUGAUGCUGACACCACACUCCUUCCCACGCCUGAUAAACUGGUUUCGAAAUUCGUCGAGUGGUAUCCAGACCUGGAUGAGGGUGGGGACCCCACAAAUAUGUUGAGGGCACUUGCGGAGCAGACAUGUCCUGCAGCUGUCACUGAAUAUCAUGCCACUAUGCAGCUGCAUGACCCCAAUGAGGAAGUUGCCGAUCCUUUGGUUCCCAUACAACCCACCCAUCGCAGCAACAUCGUCAAGCAGCUGCCAGCAAACGUUUCCAAAGCUGCUGAAGCAGCUGUGCAGGCAACAAAAGGGGGUGAUGCUCAGAUUCACAAUAGCGCCGUCAGCAUUCCUGGGAAAGCCAUUGCCGGAGUGCUGCUCAGCAUGAAGGCCGACAUGGAGGAGGACGCCUACCUCCUGUUGGACGAGUUCCACAAGCUUGUUGUGGCCAGCCUGAAGGAGCAGUCGCGUUCAGCGCCAAUUUCUCCGGAGGAGGUGGCCGAAGUGCUGCAGGUGAAGCUUGCCAUGGUAAAGGCGGCUCUCGGUAUCGAAGACAGGGGAGGCACCGCUUCAGGCUCGGCAGUGGAAGGGGUGUAG